CUCCCUGUUCCUCUCUGUUCCUUCCUGUUCCUCUCUGUGCCUCUCUGUUCCUCCCUGUUCCUCCCUGUUCCUCACUGUUCCUCACUGUUCCUCCCUGUUCCUCACUGUUCCUCCCUGUUCCUCUCUGUUCCUCCCUGUUCCUCUCUGUGCCUCUCUGUUCCUCCCUGUUCCUCUCUGUGCCUCCUGUUCCUCCCUGUUCCUCACUGUUCCUCCCUGUGCCUCACUGUUCCUCCAUGUGCCUCCCUGUUCCUCCCUGUUCCUCUCUGUGCCUCCUGUACCUCCCUGUUCCUCACUGUGCCUCACUGUUCCUCUCUGUGCCUCCUGUACCUCCCUGUUCCUCUCUGUGCCUCCUGUUCCUCCCUGUUCCUCACUGUUCCUCACUGUUCCUCCAUGUGCCUCCCUGUUCCUCCCUGUUCCUCACUGUUCCUCACUGUUCCUCCCUGUUCCUCUCUGUGCCUCCUGUACCUCCCUGUUCCUCCCUGUUCCUCCCAGUUUCUCCCUGUGCCUCCCUGUGCCUCCCUGUUCCUCCCUGUUCCUCCCUGUACCUCCCUGUUCCUCCCUGUACCUUCCUGUUCCUCCCAGUUCCUCCCUGUGCCUCCCUGUUCCUCCCUGUGCCUCCCUGUUCCUACCUGUGCCUCCCUGUUCCUCCCUGUACCUCCCUGUUCCUCCCAGUUCCUCCCUGUGCCUCCCUGUUCCUCCCUGUACCUCCCUGUUCCUCCCUGUGCCUCCCAGUUCCUCCCUGUGCCUCCCUGUGCCUCCCUGUUCCUCCCUGUGCCUCCCUGUUCCUCCCUGUACCUCCCUGUUCCUCCCAGUUCCUCCCUGUGCCUCCCUGUUCCUCCCUGUGCCUCCCUGUGCCUCCCUGUGCCUCCCAGUUCCUCCCUGUGCCUCCCUGUUCCUCACUGUUCCUCCAUGUUCCUCCAUGUGCCUCCCUGUUCCUCCCAGUGCCUCCCUGUGCCUCCCUGUUCCUCCCUGUUCCUCCCUGUGCCUCCCUGUUCCUCCCUGUUCCUCACUGUUCCUCCAUGUGCCUCCCUGUUCCUCCCUGUGCCUCCCUGUGCCUCCCUGUUCCUCCAUGUUCCUCCAUGUGCCUCCCUGUUCCUCCCUGUUCCUCCCUGUUCCUCCCUGUGCCUCCCUGUUCCUCCAUGUGCCUCCCUGUUCCUCCCUGUUCCUCCCUGUGCCUCCCUGUGCCUCCCUGUGCCUCCCUGUUCCUCCAUGUUCCUCCAUGUGCCUCCCUGUUCCUCCCUGUUCCUCCCUGUGCCUCCCUGUGCCUCCAUGUUCCUCCAUGUGCCUCCCUGUGCCUCCCUGUGCCUCCCUGUUCCUCCAUGUUCCUCCAUGUGCCUCCCUGUUCCUCCCUGUGCCUCCAUGUUCCUCCAUGUGCCUCCCUGUUCCUCCCUGUUCCUCCCUGUGCCUCCCUGUGCCUCCCUGUUCCUCCAUGUUCCUCCCUGUUCCUCCCUGUUCCUCCCUGUGCCUCCCUGUGCCUCCCUGUGCCUCCAUGUUCCUCCAUGUGCCUCCCUGUUCCUCCCUGUUCCUCCCUGUGCCUCCCUGUGCCUCCCUGUUCCUCCAUGUUCCUCCAUGUGCCUCCCUGUUCCUACAUGUGCCUCCCUGUUCCUCCCUGUGCCUCCCUGUACCUCCCUGUUCCUCCCAGUUCCUCCAUGUGCCUCCCUGUUCCUCCCUGUGCCUCGGCACGUCCUCAGUGUUCCACACCUCACCCUCCUUAUUUGACUGUAUUUUACUAUGGAGCAGCAGUGCGGGGGGUGUGUUUGGUCACGGUGAUCACAGUGCAGACGGUUCAGACGUCACUGCAGAUUUGGGUAAAUAAACAGAACUGGGACAAAACCACAAACACACUGGAACCAUUAAAAGCACACACACACACACACACACAUAUACGUACACACACACACACUGACACACACACACACACUGACACACACACACUAACACACACACACACACACACACACAUCAUAUUGACCUCACCCUGCUGACUCACUGCUGUCAGACGCCACUCUCCAUUUACAUCUGUGUGUGUGUGUGUGUGUGUGUGUACGUGCGUGUGUGCGUGUGUGUGUGUGUGUGUGUGUGUGUGUACGUGCGUGUGUGCGUGUGUGUGUGUGUGUGUACGUGUGUGUGUGUGUGUGUACGUGUAUGUGUGUGUACAUGUGUGUAUAUGUGUGUACGUGUGUGUGUACGUGUGUGUGUACGUGUGUGUGUGUGUGUGUACGUGUGUGUGUGUGUGUGUGUACGUGUAUGUGUGUGUACGUGUGUGUAUAUGUGUGUACGUGUGUGUACGUGUGUGUGUGUACAGGAGCAGUUGGAGCAGUACCGCACUAAUGUAGAUGUGGAGGAGGGCUGGAUCUUGGCGUGUAAACACAC